CAACUUCCGGCGGAUUGUGAGAGGCGGGGUAGAGAGAGGGAGAGUGUGAGUGUCGCUGAUCCCGCCGAGUGAGAGGGAGAGCGCGCAGCUGCCCGGCUUUCGCUUCAUCGACUCGAGUCGCUGCCGCCGCGAUGCCGCGGGGAGGUAAACGAGGCCACAAGGGGAGGGCGAAGCAGUUUACAAACCCAGACGAGAUUGAUGCUCAGAUGAAAGCGGAGAAAGAAAAGACAAAAGAUCUGCCAGAAAAUGCAAGUGACCCCGAUUCUGACAGCAGUGAAGAUGACUCUGAGCCCAAGAAGAAAGGAGUUGAAGGUUUAAUAGAAAUAGAGAACCCCAACCGAAUAGUACAGAAAAACAAGAAAAUAACUGCUUUGGAUCUCAAUCCCCCUAACCGUGAGCUGAGCAGGCGAGAAAGGGAAGAGAUAGAGAAACAGCAAGCACGGGAGAGGUAUAUGAAACUCCACCUGGAGGGUAAAACUGAACAGGCACGUGCUGACUUGGCACGGCUCGCUAUCAUCCGGAAGCAGAGGGAAGACGCAGCCAAGAAACGGGAGACUGAGAAGAAAGGAAAAGAAGCAAAGGCCUAGUGCUGAGUCAGCCCGACAGAUUCAUCUGGUAACUUGGAAGGGACAGGCUGGGGCAGUCAGACUGUCUGCUCCCACACGGCUCAUCUCCUCAGCCCAUCGCAAACAAAAAAAAAUAACCACAAAAAAAAACCCCACCCAUCACACCACAUGCUGCAACUGGGUCCGGCCAGAAGGGGAAAUGCCUUGUUUGAAUUUUUACUCUUCUGGUAGCCAUGAAUAAACGGGUGUUUUUUUUAAUCCAGCCGCGUGCUUUUAGAAGCACCAUUGGCAUUCGGUGAAACGAAGACUGAAAGACUUGCGAUUGUUUAAAAGGAAGUGCCAUGGUCUGUCGGCGCUGAAACAAGUUCGGGGGUUCAAAUAAGUAGCACGACUUUGGAUACCCCCUGCAUUGCCCAGGUCCCACCAACUACAGGCCUGUUAUGAGCUCCAAGUUCACCGCCCUUCCAUCUCAUUGUCAGCUUUCAUAAAUUUAUUAAUAGUGGAACUAAGGUAACCCGGAUUAUAUUUUGGGGGAGGGGUGCAGGUGAGAAUUGCUUGUAAAGGAAAAUACCUGCUGUACAUCUGUGGCUGAUUACAAAUUGGUCUUGUCGGCAAAAGUUCCGUGAGCAUAUUGUUUCAGGGAGGGGUGGGGGACAAUUAAAUGAUUGGCUUCACUAAACUUCCAGGCGUAUUUUGAUGGCAUAACAAGGCUACAGGACUGUUCCAAGGGUGUGGUUUUGUUUUUUAGGGUGAAUUACCGGUGCUGUUGAGUCUGCGUUUUCUCUUCUCUUUUUUUAAAAAUUUUAUUUGAACUCCUAUUUUCAUCACUUUUUUCACUUGCAGAGUCUGGGUGUUUUUUUCCUUUCAUUACUUUUUAGUGCGAAACUUGGCGUGCCAGUAUAUUUGCAAGCUUCAUUGGUUGAUGGUGCUAUGAGCUAAUUAAAAUAAGGAACUGCCUCUGUAGAGGGAAAGGUCA